UCAUUAGCCAUUAGCUGCCUGUCUGUUCACUUGUCUAAAGUUGGGCGAAAGCAUUUGUCCUCUCGUCUCCCUGAAACGUGUUGUUGGUGUUGCUGCGGUACAUGAUUUUAGCUCGCUCAUUAAUCAAGAUGUCGAGUCACAAUCCGUUGCUGAGGCUGGAGCAGCGAGCAGCUGAGGCCGACCAGCUCAUCGAGUACCUCAAACAGCAAGUCCAGCUGCUAAAGGAGAAAGCCAUUCCAGACGUUGCAGUGCCAUCAGGCGACGCCGGUGUUGAUUUGUGUGCAAAAGCCGCCCCUCCCAAUCCUUGUGAUGCACCGUCCUCUGCUCCCCCAUCUGCUGCUGCCGCCCAGAGCCAGCCUCCCAAAGAUGAGCCUAAAAAAAAGAAGCAAGAGAAAAAAGCUGGAGGUGAGAAAGCGGAGAAGAAGCAGGCGACGCCCAGCCAAGACGAAGCCAAGGUGGACGUGUCUCGCCUGGACUUGCGCGUCGGUCGUAUCGUCUCAGCCGAGAAGCACCCAGACGCUGACAGCCUGUAUGUAGAGCAGGUCGACGUGGGGGAGGCUGCUCCCAGGACGGUGGUCAGCGGGCUGGUCAAGCAUAUACCUCUGGAGCAGAUGCAGAACCGCAUGGCUGUGCUGCUGUGUAACCUUAAGCCUGCCAAGAUGAGAGGAGUCGUGUCUCAGGCGAUGGUCAUGUGUGCCAGCUCGCCAGACAAGGUUGAAAUCCUCGAUCCUCCAAGCGGAGCGGUACCAGGAGACAGAGUUGCCGUCCAAGGCUUUCCAGGUGAGCCCGACAAGGAGUUGAACCCCAAAAAGAAGGUGUGGGAGCAGGUGCAGCCCGACCUGCGCACGGAUGACCAGUGUGUUGCAACGUACAAGGGUGCUGCCUUUGAAGUCGCUGGCAAGGGAGUGUGCAAAGCUCAAACCAUGAGCAACAGUGGAAUCAAAUGAAAUACCAGAGCUGCUUGAAACAGCUCUGUGUUUACUCAACAGUCCGGUGAUGACCACAGAUGGUGUUGAGCAGUGGGAUAGUGAUAAAUGAGAGCAAAUUCUUUUAAGAUGUUCAAUAAAGGAUUUUGAUUAGCUUCA